UUUUAUGCCAUUUUUGAUUUAUUUACAAUAACAUUGAGUUAACAUUGUUAUAUAUAUAACAUGAACAAACCAGAUAUGCAAUUUUUACACAAGGACAGCAAUUAAAGUUCAUACAUAUACCUAAAGAUGAUUUUGUCUUUAUUUGAGAAAAUAAUGCAAAGUGUUUGUGCAAGGGGAACAGUUUCAAGUUCAGAGUUUGCCUCCCUUGUCAUUUUUGUAAAAUAUAGAACGACACAAAAUCAGAAAAAUAUCGGAAUUUUAUAAAUGGGAAGCAAGUAUUUAAUCAUUAAGGCAUUUUGUGAGGUCUUAAACCGACCUUUUCGUCAUUUUGUCCGCAUUUUAGUAUGGCUACUUACAAUUGGAAAUAGUUUUCAUUCAUAUGUUAAAUUGUGAAAUCGUGUUUAAACUGACACUCGCGUAAAUUUUCUGUUUCUUUUCAGGCAAACUGAAGAGGUGCUUGAUUUUGAAGGAUUUACGACUCUAUUAAAGGCAGCCGCAAGACUUUUGAUCUUUUCAAUAUACCAGAAGCCCCAUUCACAACGUUCGAGAGUGUUUGAAUUAGUUUUGUCCGCCAUUAUGAACAUCAAUCCGCCGAACUGUAUACAUCCCGUUCCGGUGAAUGCGCCCGCUUCAAGCGUUCAAAUGAACAGCCAUGCUGAUAAAGUUAGGCAUUUACCAAUGGCGGAUCGCAGUCGCCAUAAAAUGGAAGAACAGUGUCAAACUUUUUCUCAGCCGAAAAUAGACGUACGAAAUUUGUCCACGAGUAAUUAUACUGUUCAGUCAGACAACUUCCUUAUAUUAAUGCCAGAAACAUUUUACCCAGAGAGGGAGCGUUAUCGGAAACAACUUGGAAAUAACUUCCAAGAAAAUAUAUUUGCACCCGAACGAUUUUUGGAUAUUCUAAAGGUGAAUCAAAUACCUCCGGAAAAUCAUUAUUCCAUCAACGGCGAAAGGAGGUCGCCAAAAAUUAACUUUACGGGUACAGGUGGUGAGCAGGGCGAACCCGUUUCGGGUUUCGAAGCAGACGUUUCUGAAGACGAGGAAAGCGAAAGUUCGGAAUCCAUUCCAUUUUAUCCUUGGAUGAAAUCCUAUUAUAGUGAGGCGAGCCGCCGCCGUGGGAGACAAACUUAUAGUCGGUUUCAAACCCUAGAACUGGAAAAGGAAUUCCAUUACAAUAGGUACUUGACCAGGCGUCGUCGGGUGGAAAUUGCGCACGCUCUUUGUCUUACAGAGCGGCAAAUUAAGAUAUGGUUCCAAAAUCGGCGCAUGAAAUGGAAGAAAAUUUCUAAAAAUGAAUGAUGUGAAAAAUAUUAAGAUAGACUUUCGUAAUUUGAACGUUUGCUGGGUGUCUCAAUUUUUUACAGAUAAUUUUUUAUAUUUUAAUUAAUAUAAUACCUAUUAAGAUAGACUUUCGUAAUUUGAACGUUUGCUGGAUGUCUCAAUUUUUUACAGAUAUUUAUUUAUAACAUUUAUUGUUGUAUUAAUGGUUAGGUGCAAUAAAUUUGAUAUACAUUUAUUCUUAAGCAUUAAAACAUAAUAAUAUUUUAUUCUAUUCUGCCAUUUGUUAGAGUUUAAAAAUGUUAUAGAUUAUUUACACUUUUAUCCAAAUAAUAAUAAUAAUAAUAAUAAUAAUAAUUUUACAGUCAAACGGUGCACAGUAGAAUAUCACAACUUAAAUAAAACGUAUUAUAAAAACUAGUCAAAAGUUAACAAGAUAAAAAGAAAUGUUAAUAUUCUUAAUAACGUAAAUGAUUUAUAUCAUGCAUGCACGAAACAACAACUGACGAGCAACAAAAAUAUCAUCUUACAAUUAAACAAGGCUUGUUGCAUAAUUUUAGAUAAUUAAUAAAAAUUACAGAACACCAAAAAUCCAAGUUUGACGAAAGCAAACUUUUGUUUUUAUUAGCAAUUUUUAUUACGUGCAAAUUUAACGCGUAACCGCCUAUGUUAAGAAUAUAUACAGGUUUAAACCGGAAUAUAAGCAAGAAAGUUCAUUAUUUUUAUUCUUUCAUUAGCAU